AUGGCAGCACCAACAGAUAGAGGAAUACCCUUGAGCAAAAUUAGCCCAAAAUUUCUCGAUUCAAACUCCACUAGCCACAAAUGGCCUUUCAGUGCUAUUGCAGAAUUGAUUGACAAUGCUUAUGACCCAGAUGUCAAAGCCAAGCAGCUGUGGAUCGAUAAAUCAUUGGUCAAAGGACAGAACUGCCUCAUUUUCAUGGAUAAUGGUGCAGGCAUGGACUAUGAAACAAUGCACAACAUGCUCAGUUUUGGUUUCAGCGAAAAGACGACAAUUAACGGCCAUGCUCCAGUGGGCCAGUAUGGUAAUGGAUUCAAGUCAGGCUCCAUGCGCUUGGGAAGGGAUGCUAUUGUGUUCUCCAAAAGAGCAGAUACCAUGUGUGUGGGGCUUCUCUCACAGAGCUACCUUGAGGAAAUGAGGGCUCAGAAUGUCAUAGUGCCGAUCAUCACAUUUACAUCUACUGGACAAACUUAUAUCCUUUACUAUGCUGAACAUGAGGCAAGUCUUCAGGAUAUCCUAGAAUACACUCUGUUUGGCAGAAAGGAGGAACUGCUGACUGAGCUCAGGGUCAUUGAUAAGCUGAGCCCCAAUUCAAGUGGAACUCGAAUAAUCAUCUGGAACCUCCGCAUCACAUGCUUAAAUCAACCAGAAUUUGACUUCAAUUCUGACAAUAAUGAUAUUAGGAUCCGUGAUGACUUGGAUGAGAACACUAUGGAUGAAAGCAAACAGCAAGAUCGUGACACGUUUGUGCCUGAGAGUGAAUAUUCACUGCGGGCUUACUGCAGUAUUCUAUACCAGAAACCUAGAAUGCAAAUUAUCAUUCGAGGAAAAAAGGUUCAAACUCAGUUUGUCUCCAAAAGUCUGGCACACACUGUCAAAGACAAAUACAAACCCACUUUUUUUAAAAAAGGUACAAUGAUCACCUUAGGCUACAACACAAAGAACAAAGAGCACUACGGCAUAAUGAUGUACCACAACAACCGCCUCAUCAAAGCCUACGAGCGUGUUGCUUGCCAGCGCAAGGUGGAAAACGCUGGAGUGGGAGUUAUUGGGGUGAUAGAGUGUAACUACCUAAAUCCAACUCACAACAAGCAGGACUUUGAAGACUCAGAGAAGUACAGGAAAACCAUGCAGAGUUUAAGUGAUAAGAUUGAGGAUUACUGGAAAGAAAUGCGUCAUAGAUUAAAGGAAGACUGUGCUGCACUUGUUGAAGAUAAUGUAAAGGAGCCAGAUCAAAACUGGGUUCAGUGUGAUGAGUGUCUAAAGUGGCGGAAGCUUCCAGAUGGAAUUAACACUAAGAAGCUCCCCGACAAGUGGUCCUGUCACAUGAAUACUGACCCCCAGUAUAGGAGCUGUGAUGUUGAAGAGGAUUCUGAGGCUGCAGAUGAUGCUGAACAACCCACAUAUCAGAAAACACACAAAAAGCAGGAAAGACAACAGAAGAUACAGAAUAAAUUGAAUAAAACAGAGAUCCCUUCACCCAGCACAUCUAUUACACAGACCAACUCUUCCUCCAAACCUACUACAAGUAAGAAGAGAACGCUUUCCCAGGACAAGAAAGAGAGUAAAACACCCAGAGUAGAAAAAAGUUGUGAAAGCAGCACACCUGAAAGUUUAACUACAUUAACAGCCUUGCCAGAAAUAAACUAUAGCAAUGAUGUGAUGGAACAUCCAGACAACUUAAAGAAGACAGAUAAAUUCAUAAGGGAGUUAAUUCAAAACAAAAAUGUUCAGAGCGCAGAGACAAAAGAAGACCAGGAUAGCAUGCAAACUCCACCACAUUUAAAUGAUGGGGUGGAUUGUCUGGUGACUAGUCUGCUAAACACAAAAGCAGAGCUAGAAAAAAAGGUGAAAAGUCUGAAAGAUGAGAAGCUUAUAUUGUUGACUCGCUGUGAAAACUUGGAGAAAGAGUUAGAAGAAAUGAAACAAGCAAAACUAAGUAAAGAAAAUAAAGAAAUGGAUAUAGACACAAAACUGAACACACACAAAGAUGAGACACAAAUAAAAAAAGAGAGUAAUGAUGACUAA